UUUCCCGGAAGUAGUAAGAAACCUGUCACUGCUAGCAAAGAAGCAUAGCUAGUGAAAAGAAGUGCCUGUACUGUCUGCUCCUGAGGAAAACAACAGAGUCCUGUGCCAGCAGGACAGCUGUCAUCAUGGCCGUGUUGUGGUGUAAACUGUGACAACUAACGCCAAGAUGAUGAACGACAUCAUAGAGGAACCGGAGAAAGACAGUUUACUGGAAACGCAGCCGGAGCGACAAGUUAUGUCGGGACCCAGUACUGGCACAAGACCUAAGACUGCUGAUGGGGGAAUCAGGCCUGUUGAGAAAAGAGGACCUUACAUCAUGUCCAGAGCUCCGGCAAUCCAUCUCAAACUACAGAAACACAGGGAGAUGGCGAGGAAAGCACUGAAGAAGAAAGCCCUCUCACCGGGAGCUCCAGUGAUGCACCAGCCCAGACAAGGCGCUAAGAGGACAGUGAAGUAUAACAAGGGCUACACUGCUUUGAGCCAGCAUGCUGAGGAGAGUUUGGUUGCGCUGGACUCAGACAGUGAUGAAGAGAUUGAUUUUGAGCAGUAUUCCUCUGGAUACUCUUCAGCUGAGGUCCAUCCUGAUUUAAGCAGGCAGCUGCUUCAGGACGGCUACCGUCUGGAUGAGAUCCCCGAUGAUGAGGAUCUGGACCUGAUUCCACCCAAAGCCAUGGGUUCCUCUGUGUGCUGCUGCUCUGAGGGCCCGUCAUGCUCCAUGCAGUGAUGUCGGUGCUGUGACUUAACUGAGGCUUGGCUCCAGUUCCUGUCCCUGACUUUAGUCAUUGGUGCCUCAGGCCUUCUUUCUAACCCAGGACCACUGCUAUGCUGCCUGAGGACUUCCAGCUCUGAAGCCAAACUCCUGUUCAUGCAGGAUUGUGUGCACCGAGAACACACACUAAGACGCAGAUAGACAUAAGAACAAGCCUUAUCCACUGUGACCCUAAAGCCUGACGUAUUUUUUUAUUUUUCUUCUUUUUAUAGAACUACAUGAAAUGUUAUCUAUGACACUGCUCCAGAUGGAGCAGACCCAGUGGAGAGCCGGUUGCUGUCUUUUCUGUUCUGGUGAACAGGUUUGCAGCCCUCCAAGCAUGACUUGCAUACGUGUGUGGUGUAUUGCAUUUAAUGUUCUGGUCCUUGGGCAAAUUAUCACAUGACCAUUGACACAUAGACAUUCCCUGGUGUCUGUUGCAUUAACUGUUUUUUUUUUUCUUUUAUAUUUUGUCUGUCCCAAAAAAUAACUUUUGAGGGUUUUUUUUUCCUUUCUUUUCAAAAUGAAAUGACCACCACUUGGGAAAGAAUAUGACUCCUAUUCUGACAAAAAUAACAACUACUGGAAUAUUUUUUAUUAUGAAGCAGAGCACCGAAUUGAAAUAGAGCGAUUGAGCGUAGACCGUAAGCCCAGCCCAGGAUUAUGUUCUGGUGGUUCCUUAUUUUUCUGCUUUGUGUCUGAGAAGGCAGAGUUCAUAACAUCAUUUAGCAAACUGCUACAUACCAAGAAGGCCUCAGUCAUCCUUUGCCUGCAAAAGAUAUACUGGGAGAGAAAGAUAUAAGGAAAAGUUUCUACAGAUUUAUCCUGUUUGAAAGAAUGAUACUUACACUUACCAAAUGAUACACUACUACAUAUGGCACAUAAUGUACGCAGGUGAGUUACCUAAGUGCUUUGAUAGACAAACCAGUGUUGUUAGACUUUAUUAGAUUGAACAUUCCAAUCUGUGUUUUGCAGUAAUAAGUUUCAUUCCAUAAACCAGUAUUCACCACAUUUAAAGAAGCUGUUGCAAACACAUCGCAUGCAUAAAAACAACAUAUAUUCCAUAUCCCUGUCAUCUGAACACAUCUGUUCAUGUGGAUAAAAAUGUAUAUGUUCAAAUUUCAGAAUAGAUUUACUGUUUUUUGACACCCCCCCCCCCCCCAAACAAAUCAGAUCUGUCCAUGAUCUGAUGUACUGGUAACUCUCCGACACAUUAGUGUGUGUGGACAUCAGAUUUGAGUUGCAUCAUUUUGGUUAUUUAUUUAUUUAUUUACUUAUUAGUACAUUGAUGGGGACACUAGAAAUAUUUACCAGAAUAGGUUCAAACUUGAACUAUAUUUACAGAAGGGUUAUUUGUCUGCCUUUGUUAUUUGUAAAAUGUAUUUACAUCCAUGAAUUUAGCUGUGUUGCAACUAUUUUCUGUUUGUGUAAUGAUGGGCUUGUUGUGACCUUCACAAGAGUGUGCUGAAAGCGGCAGUCCUUGAUCUACAAAAAGUAGGUCCUUUUUCACUUUAAAAAUGUACAUUUUCACUUAUGUUACAGUUUGGGUCAUAUUUCAUCAUAAAUUGUUGCUGUUUAUUUUGAAACUGAAUUAACUAAAAAUCAGCAUCAGAGCAAGUGACAGUGAUCACUUUUCUCUCUGGAGUGUGUGAGUGUGCACUUAGAAAGUGACUUGCCUUUCACAUGCAUUUGUAAAAAUAAAAUUAAAAUCUCACAAAUUAGUGCAUAGAGGUUUUAAGUCGGGAUAAAUAUAUGACUGCUGUUUUACUUAAUACACACCAUGCUGUUAUUUCUCAUGCUCUUGUUGUGGUUGUUAAAUACAUGGUAUAGCAGCCCACUUGACUACUACAGCAUAAAGAAGUUGAGGACUGGAAAUGGUGUGACAUUUUAUGCAAGUAAAAGUAGGAAACUUAAAUUGUACUUCACAAUCUGGAUCAGUCCACAAAUUCAUAUUCAGGAAGGUGAUUUUGUUAAAACCUUUGCAAUGAAGAUGCCAGGUGAAAAAAAAAACAAAAAAACAUUAAAAUGAGUAAUGUAGACUGUCUUCCCCACAGCACUCCGUGGUUGUAAUGUGGGUGAUUUGGGAAUAAAAGCUGAUUUCUACCAUUACACUAAAGUGUGUGGUAAAUGCUUUAAAACAUCUGAAUUUAAAGUGUAUGGACCAUCUGACCCUGGCUCUGCAUGAUGUUUUUAUGUCCACUAAUACUGCACUAAACACCAGUGGUCAGUAGCAGGUACACUUGACUCACCUGUACUAUGCAACUAUUAGGACAAUCUGCUUGUUAUAAAACAUUGUGACAAUAUGGUGUCAUUGAGUGGUAAAUGCAAUAAUCUAGUUAUUUUAUGAUGGUCAAUACUGGUCUUUUUUUGUUUUAUUGUACUGUUUAUUGGUUUACAUUAUUAAAUAAAACUCUUAUCUGUACGUUCA